AUAAUCUCUCUCCAGAGCCCCAAAAGGGCUGAACUUGCAUGUAGAGAAUGUGCUCCGUGAAUUCUAAGACUGUCCCGGUAGAGUCAGACUAUGGAAUAUAGUUAACCUCAUAGUUAAAGCUGCUCAACACUCUCCAGUGAACAUGUAUGUGUGGAUGACUGCGCUCGCGGGCUUGGCUCUCCUCCUUCCCGCGCUCCUCAAAACUUUCUUCCCGUACUUUCUCCAGGACUGCGUUUAUAUAUACAGAGCUCUCGGAUGCGGCGUCCGACUCAACAUUUACAAGAGGAAAACUCCCUUCUAUAGCAUUGUGGACUGCUUUUUGGAGGCGGUGAAGAAACACCCGAGAAAAGUGUUCAUUCAUUUUGAAGGCGAGACUUUCUCCUAUGAGGAGGUGGAGAAGCAGAGCAAUAAAGUGGCGGAGGCGCUGCGCUCGGUGGUCGGCCUCCGGGAAGGGGACACGGUCGCGCUUUUCCUAGGGAAUGAGCCCCGGUUCGUGUGGACUUGGCUCGGCCUGGCCAAACUGGGCUGUCCCGCUGCACUCUUGAACUUCAACAUCAGAUCCAAAUCACUCCUUCACUGCUUCUCCUGCUGCGGCGCGAAUGUGCUCAUAGCGGACGCCGAGCUCCUGGAUGCUGUCGAGGAGAUUCUGCCAGCAUUGAAGCAGAAGGGCAUCCGGGUGUACCUGCUGUCUUCUGAGUGCACUACUGAGGGUGUUCAGUGUAUCGGUGCAGCCAUCGCUGGAGCGUCAGAUGAACCGAUCUCUCCUUCACUCAGAUCUAAUGUCCACAUCAGAAGCACAGCUCUGUACAUCUACACCUCCGGCACCACAGGUCUUCCUAAAGCCGCAUAUGUGACCCAUGAGAGGGUUUGGGCUUCAUCCUUCAUCCAGGGUGUUUGUGGAGUGACGUCUGAGGACAUUUUCUACAUCAACCUUCCUCUUUAUCACAGCGCUGGAUUCCUCAUUGGACUCGUUGGAUGCAUUGAAAGAGGAAGCACUUUUGUUCUGCGGAGGAAGUUUUCCGCUUCUCAGUUCUGGGACGACUGCAGGAAGUACAACAUUACUGUGAUGCAGUACAUCGGAGAAACCUUACGCUACCUCUGCAACACACCACAGAAAGACAAUGACCGAGACCACAAAGUGAAGAUCGCCAUUGGCAACGGUGUGCGAGCCGACGUCUGGAAAGAGUUCCUGAAGCGUUUCGGACGCAUCCACGUGCGGGAGCUGUACGCCGCCACUGAGGGAAACGUCGGCUUCAUCAACUACACUGAUAAAGUCGGAGUGGUUGGUCGGAUCAAUAUUAUCAGCAAGCUGUUCUUCCCCUUUGCCCUCAUCAAGUUUGACAUUGAGAAAGAAGAGCCUGUGAGGAACACUGAGGGUUUCUGCAUCCCGGUGGAAAGAGAUGAAGUGGGCCUUCUGGUGGGCAAAAUCACCAAACAUACGCCGUUCGUGGGCUACGCUGGAAACAAGCAGCAGACGGAUAAGAAGAGACUCGCUGACGUGUUUGAGAAAGGAGAUCUGUAUUUCCACAGUGGAGAUCUGCUGAGGAUCGACCAUCAAAACUUUGUCUACUUUCAGGAUCGGGUUGGAGACACGUUCAGGUGGAAAGGAGAAAACGUGGCCACAACUGAAGUGGCAGAUAUUCUCAGCAUGGUGGACUGCAUCGAGGAGGCCAACGUUUAUGGAGUCAAAGUUGAAGGUCAUGAAGGAAGGAUUGGUAUGGCAGCAGUGAAACUGAAGGAGGGCAGAGAGUUCGACUGCGUCUCCACCUGCAGUGUUUUGGCCAACUACCUUCCAGUCUACGCCAGACCUCGAUUCAUUCGAAUUCAGAAUUCUCUGGAGGUCACAGGAACCUUCAAAAUGAUGAAGGUGAAGCUGGUGGAGGAAGGCUUUAAUCCAGCGCUGAUAGAAGAUUCUGUGUUCUUCCUGGAUCUGACACAGAAGAAGUACAUUCCUCUUUCUCAGGACGUUUACAACUCGAUCAUGUCGCAGGACAUUAAACUGUAAUGAACCACUAAAUAAGCUAACCGCACCGUUUGGAGACCUACUAACCAGUAGCUGCCCACUAAUCUCAGGGAAAAGCAGUGAUUCCAGAGAGCGAUUAGAACCUUUACAGAGGAGAACAGUCAAGUGUUUUACAGUUACUACUUUCUGCAUUCAGUCACGUGUGCCUUAUCCAUUAACCUCGUUAAUAAUGGACGUUCACUUAAUCGUCUGCUAACUUGUAAUAAAACGUUGAUGAGAAUU